AAGUCCAAUUGUCCCACAACCGACAAACAUGUAACUCCCAAAAAAGCCAAGACCUUUGCUUUCUAGCCAUGGCCAUGGCUUCUACGAGCUCUCUCCCUCACUCUCUACAUUCUUCGCCUUCUACUUCUUCUGCAAACUAUGUUCUUCUAAGCAAACCACUCUCCCCAAAACGCCUCCGUUUUGGUUCGGCAAAUCCCCGUCACACCAAAAGCUUUGCUCUGAGAGCAGCUGCGGACGAGGUCUCUUUUGUCGAGCCGCCGCCGCCACCUCCGCCGUCUUCCGGAAGUAAACCCGCGCCCAACCCUGAACUCUUAGCGUCUUUGAAGCUCAAGCUAUUGAGUGCUGUUUCUGGGUUAAAUAGAGGCCUUGCAGCAUUGCGAGAGGAUCUACAAAAGGCAGAUGCUGCUGCCAAGGAGAUUGAAGCUGCUGGAGGUCCAGUGGAUCUCUCAGCUGAUCUUGAUAAACUGCAGGGGAGAUGGAAACUGAUAUAUAGCAGUGCAUUUUCUUCUCGUACUCUAGGUGGGAGCCGUCCUGGACCUCCCACUGGAAGGCUACUCCCGAUUACUUUAGGCCAGGUAUUUCAACGGAUUGACAUCUUCAGCAAAGACUUUGAUAACAUAGUGGAGCUUGAACUAGGUGUUCCAUGGCCCCUGCCUCCCGUUGACGCAACUGCCACUUUGGCCCACAAAUUUGAGCUCAUAGGAUCUGCCAGGGUUAAAAUUGUAUUCGAGAAAACUACUGUAAAGACUACUGGAACCUUAUCGCAACUUCCUCCAUUAGAGUUACCUCAGUUACCAGAAGGACUAAGACCUCCGUCUAACCGAGGAAGUGGUGAAUUUGACGUUACCUACCUUGACGCAGAUACCCGCAUCACCAGAGGAGAUAGAGACGAGCUGAGGGUAUUUGUGAUUUCAUAGUGUCUUGAUGGAUGGAAGUUCUGGUGUUCAACAAGAAACAUGACACGGCCCAA